GUUUUCCAGUAAACUCGAAUUCAGCGUAAUAAGCAUAGGGAGAAAAUGGAUUUAUUAGUUUUAUUUUGUUAUUUUUUAUGUAAUUCAUGUACCUAAUUCAAAACAUAGGAAAAAAAAACAUGCAUAGGGUUUUCUUUUUAAUGAAAAAUUAUUUUUAUGAGUAUAUUUGUCAUCAUAAUAAUAAUAAUAAGAAGAAGAAGAAAUAACUUCAACCGGAAGUAAGUCCAUUGGAUAUUUUUAGCCAUUUGUUGAUGUAUGACCUAAUCCUUAUGAACAUAAUUACAUAAUUAAAUCACAAGGUGAUAUUCGAAGUCAUUUUUGUUUCAUCUACCAUAUCAAAAUCAAUUAGUUAUAGGAGAAAAAUGAGUUGUAUUUAAUUUUCAAAAAGAAAAAAAUUCAAAGAAUUUUCCAAGUUGCAAAUUUUGAGAUUAGAGGGUGACGAUGAGGCUUUACCCAAUGUUAAGAUGCUGUUGACCGGGUCAAAAUGCGGAAAUAAAGGGGUCCGAGGGAGAGACAUAUUUAAAAGUUGGUUAUUUCCGUUUUUCCAAUUUAGGCCACAUGGCGUUCCAAGUCUGUAUUGACAGCGCCAGAAAGGAGCGCUAAUCUUCUUAGCAUCCUUGAUUCUCCUUUAAUUUUUGCUUUUUUUAAUUUAAUUUUUCCAGAUUAUAGAGUAGCCGUGGUUGAUAGAGAAGGCUGGAGUUGGCAGUGGCGGUGGAGCGGCAGCCCACGGCGUUAGGUGGUGCAAAUUAUAACAACAACGACAGCAGCACAGCAGCAACCACGACUCACAUGGCCCCACAAACCAACACUGAUGAAAGCCUUCCGCCGAUCAACUCUACUUCGGUGGCCGUUGAUAAGGACAACAAGAACAGCAUCGCUGCCGUCCGAUGGGCUAUUGAUCAUCUCCUCAUUAAUAAUCCGUUUCUCAUCCUAGUCCACGUCAGGAACAAAUACAAUCAGGGCUCAAGCGAUGCUGAUCCCGAUGGGCAAAACGUUUUUGCUCCAUUUCGCACAUUUUGUGCUCGUAAAGGGGUCCAAAUGAAAGAGGUACUCAUCGAAGAUUCUGAGGUUCCUAAAGCAAUAUUGGAGUAUACCAAUAGGAAUUACAUCAAUAAUAUUGUUGUUGGUGCAUCGACAAGGAAUGCUAUUACUAGGAAAUUCAAAGGUUAUGAUGUGGCUAGUAGCCUAGUAAAAUAUGCACCAGACUUUUGUUCUGUGUAUGUAGUUUCAAAAGGGAAGCUAAUGCAAGCCCGAACUGCUCAACGGCCUGUGCUCAAUACUGUUGCUCCGCCUAAACAACUAACACCACAGGGGCCGGAAGAAAAUGUACCCAGACCACAGCUUACAAGGGGAGCAUGGAGAAAUGGAGGAUCAGAGAAACUUAACCCAGUGAAGGAUAGGACUCGGAGUGCUCCACCGAACCUGUCAUUGGAUCAUCUUGAUAUUCCAAGCCAAAGCGCUAGGUCUUCAUUCAGCCGUGAUUCCAUCUCAGAUAUUGAUAGUGAAAUAUCAGGGUCAUUCAGUGCAUAUGGGUCAUUGGAUUUCACAAGCCAUAACUUAGAUUUCAGCUCUACUCCAACUUCUCCUGUGGAAACCAGACAAUCCGCGCGAGACCUUGAAGCCGAGAUGAGAAGAUUGAAGCUCGAAUUAAAACAAACUAUGGACAUGUACAGUUCAGCUUGCAAAGAAGCAAUCUCAGCUAAAAAUAAGGCUAAAGAGCUGACCCAGUGGAAAAUGGAGGAGGCUCGAAAAUUUGAGGAAGCCAGGCUCUCUGAAGAGGCGGCUCUAGCCAUUGCAGAGAUGGAGAAGGCCAAGUGCAAAGCUGCUAUGGAAGCGGCCACAAUGGCACAGAAGCUGGCUGAGAAGGAAGCUCAGAGAAGAAAACAAGCAGAGAAGGCAGCAAAGCGAGAGGCAGAAGAGAAGAAUCGGGCACUGACUGUUUUGGCGCAUAACGACGUCCGCUAUAGAAAAUACACCAUAGAAGAAAUUGAAGAAGCCACUGACAAGUUCUCAGACUCACUGAAAAUAGGUGAAGGAGGUUAUGGGCCUGUGUAUAAAGGCAAACUCGACCACACCCCUGUUGCCAUCAAGGUCUUAAGGCCUGAUGCUGCUCAAGGAAGGAAGCAAUUCCAACAGGAGGUUGAGGUCCUGAGCUGCAUUAGGCAUCCACACAUGGUCCUCCUUCUUGGUGCCUGCCCUGAAUAUGGAUGCUUAGUAUACGAGUACAUGAACAAUGGGAGCUUGGAAGAUCGACUGUUUCGAAGAGGAAAUUCCCGUCCGAUUCCAUGGAGGAGACGAUUCAAAAUAGCUUGUGAAAUUGCAACAGCGCUUCUAUUCCUUCACCAAACCAAGCCUGAACCACUUGUGCACCGGGACCUCAAGCCGGCAAACAUACUCAUAGAUCGUAACUACGUGAGCAAGAUAAGUGAUGUUGGUCUAGCGCGGCUAGUCCCUCAAUCUGUAGCCGACCAAGUCACGCAAUACCACAUGACUUCUGCUGCAGGGACAUUUUGUUACAUAGACCCAGAGUACCAACAGACAGGCAUGCUAACAACAAAGUCAGACAUUUACUCCUUAGGGAUAAUGCUACUCCAAAUUAUUACAGCAAGGCCACCAAUGGCUCUUUCUCACCAUGUUCAAAGGGCCAUUGAAAAGGGUAAGUUUGAAGAGAUGCUUGACCCUGCUGUGCAGGACUGGCCCGUCGAAGAAGCUCUAGCAUUCGCUAAUUUGGCAUUGAAGUGCACGGAAUUAAGGAAGAAGGACAGGCCGGAUCUUGGCACGGUUAUAUUGCCAGAGCUUAAACGGUUAAAAGAUUUUGGAAAGAAUUCUGGACCAGACGAUAUGAGCUCCUUACGCAGCAGUAGUGGUCACUCACAAAACAGCAUGCAACGACCACCUAUAGCAAGAGUAUCAUAUAGAAGUCAGGAUCGAAUUGAAGAAUGAUUUUGACUCGAGAAGAUGAUGGCAACUGACUCGAUUAGAAACAGAAAGUGAAACAAAAGCAAGAGUUGCAAAGACACUGCAUUUUUUGAGUUGAAUGGUAAGACUGAAUUUGUAACAAGGUG